UCGAAGCCCUCAUUCCGGUGACCAUGGUUCAACAGAGAGACGAAUAUUAUUAAAGUAGAGAGAAGUUCUGUCCGGUCUUUACUCCAAAUCUGGCCAGAAAUAUACCCAGGGGAAUAUCAUAAUGUCGGAAUGAUCCAAAAGAGGAUGUGACCUGCCCAAUCUGUGAAUACCGUGGCCAAUCAGAUGUAAGCUACAGUUUCAGCGGGAAGAUACCAAAGAAAAUCAUGGUGCGUGUCGUGGUGCCACAGGGUGAGCCAAACGGUGACCCCCACUCGAGAGGAGCAAGUGAAAUAAACGAUGAUGAAGAUCUCGGAAUUUAUGAUGACAUGGAUGACGGGUCUUCGAUGACUGGCCAUGAAACUGAUCGGGAAGCGGACUUGACGGAAGGUGAAUUAGACGCCAAAAGUGCCGCUACCUUUACGACCACGAGGACCGAAAGUGCUGUUAAGAAGAAGGUUAUAUCUGUGAGCAUCAAAGACAAAGAUGACAAAAAUGAUGACAAUGCUGAGAAAAACGAUGACCUUGAUUCUCUCAGAGCAGCAGAGGUUUCACAAAAAUCUGUGCCGAAACGUUCUGGGAUUUUAAAAAAGGAUACCAGGGAGUUGGAUUAUGAUGGCCACCAGGAGUCCCAAUCGCUCAUGUUCAGUAACAUUGACACGAACGAGCAUAAUGCGAGUGUGUCAGAUAUUUAUGGGUCAUCGUCUGGGUUGCGAGGGAAGGCGAACACACCUGCUAGCAUGUACACCGAGUGGACAGAACUCAGGGACCUAGACUCAAGGUUAGCUAAUGAGUCUCGAGAUGCAAUGUACAAGAAAGCCGUCAACCUGAUGAUGACGAGAUGUGACACAAGCCAACAGAAUCGCUCGGGCCCAACGCCGUUGCUCUGUGUCAGCAAUCCACCCUUUGGGUCACCAUACCCACGUUAUUUCUACGUACAUCAGGAGAAACCAACCCCAAUGCCUCCACUGAAGGCCUGGAGAGGUUACCAUGGCAACGUCUACUUCGAGCCAAUCCAAGUAAAUCAAGCCAAAGUGGAAAAUCCGCCAGAACCAAUGCAACCAAAAGUGCACAGCGACACCAUGUCCCGGAUCAUGAUGAGCCGGCUGAGCCAUCAGUCCAAUCGGUCUGGCAAUAGGAGCACUAGCAGCCAAUCUGCAAGCCCCCAGGUCCUGAAAUAUCGCAAGAUGGCAAUCCUGGAUAAAAACUCUGUCAUUGAGCGAGAAAAUCCGCACUUACACGAAGACAUUGAAUGGAUACGUGGCCAGGAAUCAGUGGGAAGCUUACGGGUCGAACAAGCGAAAAAGAAACGUGUAUCGUUCAGCCGGGAAAAGAUUAUGAAGGGGUCAGUUGCACGGAGUAUGACUGGAGGCGGCGUGGGAAGGACAUUAUUGUCUGUUAGUGGGGUGAAAAGUGCAUCACCACCCCGUACCCCUCAAGGGCCAGCUUCGCUGCUCCGCUCACAGACGCAGUACUCAAGGAGUCCCCGACGUCUGACCACCAAUACUCCUGAUGGUAGUUUGCCGCCCCUUGACGAAUUACGCGUGCGUCUUCGUCAUGUGAAUACGAAUAAAGACACCAUUGUUCAUAUUAUACCUCCGGUACAGAGGAGGAAAUAUGAGGAGGCUACGCUAAAACCAUUCAUCAAAUACAGCCGUGGCCUUAAAAGUGGCCAGAACAGUGAAAAGAGUGUUAAAUCAUGAAGCCACGAAAGACAUGAGAAAUACAGUAGAACAUCUCUAUCAAGGACACCCUUGGGACUGAUAAAUGCUGUCCUUAACAGAGAGGUGUCCUGAUGAGAGGUCAAGAUGCCUCCCUUAGAAGUCCACAAAUAAAUGACGUAACAAGUUAACGAACACUGGUCACUAGGUGAUUUCUAGUUAGAGAACACACCAUGGAAUAAAAACAAUUGUUUUUGUAUAAUAUAUCAUUUUAUUCUUAAACUAUUUUAGUCUGUGUCGUAUGUGACAGAUCAAUAACAUAAUCAUUGCCACAACUGCACAACGGGAAUGUGAGCUGUAACAUUGUGAUCAUCAGUGGGCACUUUGUAAACAAAGUGAACACCGCAGUCCAGUAACUUUAAAAUACAGAAAGCACAAAAGUUGUGUUCCCAGAACACAGGUUCUUUAAUCCCGGAGCUAAGCUUAAUUCCUCUGAUACCCUCUAAUCGUGUCAGCUUAGUAAUCCACAAAAGGAUGUAUAACUUAUAUUUAAACCUGCUUAACAGUAUCUUUAAGUUCAACUCUCCAGGCCAACAAAAGUGGACAUUUCCAGUUAAAUGGUCAACUUCUUUGACAGUCUGGACAGAUUUAGAAAAUCUCUAAAAAGUUAUAUCAUAUGAACACAUCGAAGUAUAAAAACUUGUUUUUUUAUAUUCUCAUGAUCAUAAUGUUACAAUCCCAUUAACGAAAGUCGCACAACAUUUUAUUUCAAAAUUGAAAUACCAUAGAAUGUAACAUGAGCCACAGAAUAUAUUUAUGAGCCAAGUAAUGAUCAACCUCCCUCGGGAAAAAUCUUUAAAAUUGCUUAGCUUGAAUAUCUCUUCAAAA